CGAUCACCUACUCCGAAAAAUGAACGCGACACUUCGCUCCAACGACUGGCACAAUUUGGCGGUGGCGGUGUUCUCGGUAACAUCCGGAAAUAAUACUUCGAUCUCAGAAAGGCAUCCUCGCCGUGUCCCCUUGUCCCUCCACCACCUUUCACACCAUGAACACACCUGCAGAUCGCGUAGAAGAUGUAUUUAAAUACAUGCUAGCUAAUGGACUCACCCUCACAUCAUUCCUAUCAAUCAUUUUGACCUCCGUGCAAUUUGGAGACAAAUUGCGGGAAAUGCAACUCCAUAUCCUCAGUACUACCGAAGAUCUUCAUGAUGCCACUGUUGUGAGAAACUGGAUUCUCACAAGCGCCCAAGCAGUUUACAUCAAAGAGAUACAAGCACUCAUGGAAAAAGGGAACGGACUCCACAUGAAUGCCUCCAAACUCCAUCCAGCACAGCUCGAAGUGGGGAAAACCAGCGUACUGAGGCCGCUAUUUGAGUCCAAGGCACCGGCACUUUGGAGACUGCUCCAACACCUCCUUGUGGUGGAAAGCAAGGGACGAGAAGGACGCAGGGCAAAGGUGGUACCGAGUCGAAGUGCCGGGUUAGGUGCCGGAAGAGAUGAAGAUGGUUGUGGCGAUCAUGUUAGUGCAGGGCACCAGUCAAAGGGAAACAAUAGGGAGAGGAACUACGCCCUGCUUCAAAUUAAAGGAGUCGUAAUCUUAUCGAUAAUCUUGCAUGGUUGCAAUGAACAGUGCAAUGCAUUGCAGGUGAAGAAUUCAUUCUAUUUGGCUGCUUCGAAUGCUUCGAAAUCCGUCCGUCAGUGGGCUGCGCAUGCCGGACUUGCAGUCUCCCCCUCCUCACUGGAUAGCCUUCGAAUGUCACUGAUAAGGGACCAGAAGGAGUUGAAUAAAAGCCUUGGGUCCACUCGAAUAGUGAACUUAGCGUACGACAACUGUGACUUCAAGUUUGGUGUUGGCCAGCCAACAGAUCUUAAGGACUGCACAUUCGAGAGCAUCACUACGGGACUUUUCUUUGCACCCCCAAAGGAGGUGCUUCCUGAGCACUUAGAAUACGCUGAAAGUAUAUGGGACUCACAUCCAAACAACCCCAAUGCUCCCAAUGUCCCACCGAUGAUCACCUUUGCCGAUGUCCUACCGACUACCGAAGCUACAGUCAGAAUCAUGGCACACUGUCGGUGGCACAUCACAUCAGUAUUGAUCGAAGAACACUUCCCUGAGCUUCGAUCUCAUCUUCUUGAUCCUCCAUCGACGUUCCAGUUGUCACCGCAACAAAUGUUGUACUCUACCGCAGAGGCAGUGUAUGCGAAGGCAUCCACAAUUGAUGGGAAUAUUGACGCUAUCAUGUCACUUCUCCAGCAAAGUGGCAUCGUGGAAGCGGGGGUCUUCGAGAAAUACAUUAUUCUUGUACAUGGGGAUCUUGGUACAGUUGAGAAGGUCGAAGGGAUUUUGCGAUCACGGCGCAUUGAAGAAAGCGCGCUUGAGCGCAUGCAUUAUCUUGUGGCUAUACCAGGACUGUUUCAUGUCAGAAUGGCAUGUGUUGAUGCGAUGAAUAGGAUUCAUGCAACUGGGAAGGACUCACGAAGUGACCCAAAUGGGUUGUACAAGCGCCUCUGCUUGCUCUUCCCAAAUGACCUUUCUAAAUUAAACAAGGCAGUCCCACCCUUUCAAAUGAUGAAUGAUGGAAUAAAUUACAUUACCCAAUGCACCAUUCUUGACGCGUGGACGGAGAAUGUUGGUGGCGACCUCCAGAAAUUUGUUGAAUCCAAGCCAAGCCUUGAGGUGAUUCAACGACGCGCCGAGCAUAUUGCAAAGGAAUACUUCGAGACGAAAGAUGCGAUGUACUAUCGCAUCCUCGUGCACGCUAUGAAUCAUGGAAUGGUGGACGUGGUAGUCGAUAUCCUUUCAUUCUGGAUUCCGAUUUUCCAGGCUUGUGGGAAGCAUAAGUAUGCGUCAUACCUUUUAAAUUUUCUCUUCAAGCUACAACAGUACCCCGCACCACUCCGCACAGCAAUUAUGAGGUGCUGGCUUUGUAAUCCUGCAGGGAAGAAAGCAGGCUUUCGGGCAAUUGAUUGGCUUGUCGAAUUGAUGAACCUCUACAUAAAGGUCGUUUAUUCGGGGACAGGAUCUACAAAAACAAUAGAAUAUAUAAUUAGUCAAUCAUCAAUUAUCCAGGCAUAUAGAACCUGCAUCGAGGAUGUGGAGGAAGAUUAUCACAUACCAGAAAAGACAUUGCACCAUGCCAGCCCAGAUAUAGAAUCCAGACUAGUCGCUAUCAUGAAAGACCUUCGUAACCUUCGACCUCACAAGUACGAGAAAGGACGCACUUCACCUACUAUGAUCGAGGAUCAUUUCCAGAAGGGUUUGGAGCUGUUCCAAUGUGGGAUGAUGUGGCGCAUGAUUAAUCGUGGUGACCUGGAAUUGACAGAUGACACAUACGAAAUUGAUGCCGCUGAUCUGGCUGCUUAA